GUUCCGUGUUGCAUUCGUUCUCAAGCUUCCGUCGAGUCAACACCUCUCGGAUUAUUCUCCCCCGAAUGUGUAUAGAUAGUCAUUAAUGCCGUGAUAGUUUCGUGUGUUGUAUUUCUCGAGUGUUGUUGUUUUGGAUAAGGUGGCCAGUUAAUUCUGAUAUAUAAGGUGAGAUGGAUGGUGGGAGUGUAAGCAUGGAUCCAGCCAGGCCAGAAAUGACUGAAGCGGAAGAACCUUCUGAGGAAAAAGCCGUCCAGGGGCCCAACUGGUCCUGGAGUCCCUCGCAAGCAAGACCCCACCCCCAAAGACCAUUUCAGAAAUGUUCCUGGGGUCCUUUCCAGACCCCGCAGGCCUCCAACUGGCCGUGGAGUCUGAGACUGGCAGGCUCUGUAGGAUAUAAUCCUAGAAUUCGCAUGUCCUGGGGUAGUCUGGGCCCUUACUCUGCUGGGAAGCCAGAGGCCUCCGAAGGAAAAUUCGCAAGUGGCAAGGUCAUCAAGUCGAAACGUAGGAAGAUCUCUGCAUCUAAGCGCAGAGCUCUCAGGAGGAAGAGGUUGCUCCUCAGUUCCUUGGGUGAAUCUGUCCACUCCACAAACAUUUCCUUUUCGACAACUAAUAGCGUCUCGAUAGGAAGCAACUCUCCGGUGCGUAGCUCCAGUAGGGCGAGCACAAACAGAUGGUCCAGAAGUCCUUCACCUAUCGAUUUUCACGAGGAUGUGUUGGUGCCGAAUACCAACAGAUCUAGAAGCCUUUCGCCAACAGUCGUUCCAGUUGUUAGUCUGACAAAUAAGUCAAAGAGCUCUCCUCCUAUUUUCAUGCGUCUUGCUUCACUGAGUGACAGUAAACUUAUAAACAAUGUGAAGCCAAGGAGCCGAUCAGUUCUGGACAUAUUUCUGCAGUCUUUACCAGACUCGCAUGACUUUCGUAGUGAAAUACCUGAGAAAAACAUUCGUCAGCCUUUGGAUAGACAUGUAAGAACACUAAAGCCCCCACAAAGGAAGAUAAUUCUUAACAGAUCACCUUUACAUUUGAGUGAUACCGCUCAACCAUGUGACUCAGAUAACUGUAAGUCAUCUUUUGAUGAGGUUUCAGCAGCCUGUGAAUAUAUAUCUUCAAAUCAACACAAUGAGGGCACCAUCUUGGCAGACAAAACUCAAGAAAAUGUAAUCUCCAAUGACAUGAAUUCAGAGGAGUCUUCUGAUCAAAUUACUUGCCUGAUAAAUUCAGAUGGGGAAUCCGACAUGAAGGAUGAGCAACAACUUUCUUUUAAAAGCAAUAUUGCUUCCUCAGAAUUGGCGACUCCUCCAAUAAUGGAUAGUGCAAGGCAGUGGAACUUUUCUCCUGUUCCAUUGCCGUCUUUGUCUGAUGAUAGUUUACAGUGGAAUCCAUCGCCAUUACCCUUCAUAACCCCAUUGGGAAGCUUUUCAGACAGCCAAAUGGUUGCAAUAGAAUCUUCACAAGUUGCACAUGAUGGGCAGCCUUUUGGUAAUUCAACUAGUACACCAUCUUCAAAACAUGUCACACUGGAGAUGGAGGAUGUGCUAUCUAAUAAAAAGAAAUGUGAUAAUCCUGACUCACAACAUGAAAAUAUAUUACAAUUUGAUACUGAAAAUUCUGAAAGUUCAGCUACAGAAAUGACUCCACAGUUUGAUCAAAGAUUGCAAAGUUCCUCCACAUAUGAACAGAAUCCCCUGGAUGAUAAAAAUGGUUUAGUACCAGUUAAGACAGCUGACUUCUCAGUUUCAGGAUCAGCAUCUAAUCAAAACCAAUCAACUAACAACAAAACAGUCGAAGUUGACAAGCAGCCAGUAUCCUCUGAAAGUGAUUCUCAGUCAUCAAGCAUCAAUGUUUGUUUUAAUAAUCAACAUCUCACAGAACAAAUGCUUAUUCAAGAAUCAGAAAGCUCCCAGUUGAAUUUAUCUACCCCAGAAGAGUUUAAUGGAGAGCAACCAAUUUAUCCACAAUCUGAAAAAGCUGUACACUCUCCUGAAAACCAGCCAGAAAGGAAGUCAUUAUCAGAGAUUUUGUCGCAUUCCAAUAUGUCUUCUUUUGAUACCGAACACAGACCUCAUAGCCAGUCUGAAUUAAAAUGUGCAUCUACUGAUCACAAAAGUGACUUGGUGACUCACUCUGCAUGUACAACUAUUCUGCCAGUGAGUUCAUGUCUCUCAUCACCAAAUUCUUCUUUACCCUAUGAUUCUUCAAAUGCUCAUGUAGACAUAAAUGAACCUAUGUUACAAAAUGUCAAUGUUGUAUCAAAAAGUCCCUCUCAGCCCUCUGGAAAUGGGAACACUGAGGCUAAAAGCUCUCCUCUUGAGAGCAAGGAUGGCCCUUCUAGAAGUCCAUCCCCGUCCUCUGAGGAAAGUUGCGCUAGGUCAAGGAGUCCUUCUCCGUCAUCUGAGGGAAGUGAUGCCAGGUCCCGAAGUCCUUCCCUUUCAUCUCAAAGAAGCAGUUCCAGGUCUAGAAGCCCUUCGCAGUCAUCUGAAAGAAGUGACAGUAGGUCUAGGAGUUCCUCUCCUUCCACAGAUGAAAGUGAUGAUUGGUCUAGAAGUUCCUCUCCCUCUUCUGAGAGAGUUGAUGUCAGAUCUAGAAGUCCUUCUCCAUCAUCUCAGAGAAGUUAUGCCAGGUCUAAGAGUCCAUCUCCAUCCACAGAUGGGAUCGACACUCGGUCUAGAAGUCCUUUUUCAUCUCCUGAGAGAUCCUUUACUACAUCUGUCAGACAAGCAAUCGAGAGCAUUUCCUUCCCACCUCAGAAUAUGCCAUCAGAUUUAGAACCAGCCAACAAAGAAAUGGCUGUAAACAAUGAGCAAGCUGAACCCUUUCCAUUAGAAAAGUCAUUUUCAACAAACUGUCAGUUAUCAUGGAUUCCCUUGCCAGAAGGAUCUCCUUCACCAUGCAAUAAGCUUGUUUCUUUUUGUCAAACAACAAGUACGUUACAAGAUGAGGAUGAGAAAAGUAUGUCAGCAGAUAGACAAGAAGAAGAUGAAGUUAUGGAACAUGAAAAUUUCUCCCAUAUUCCAGAUAAAGCACCUCAUUCUCUUAAUGAUGACCAGAUUUUAGAACAAGAUAUAUCAUCAAAGAAUGGGGAAUUAGCAAAGUCACCUGUAGUUGAAAGAACCUCCUCUCCAGCAGUAGACGAGUCAGUGCGCUCUAAUAUUGAAUUGAAUAGGUUUACAAUGCCAGGGAACUCUGUUAUUUCAAAUUAUUCUUCUUUAAAUCCUGGAGAUCUACUUACAGAAGAUAUAUCUAGGUCUCCUCCAAAUUCUCCACAGGGUAAUGACGACACUGAACAUGAAGAUAUGUUAUUAAGUCAUGACUCAGUGGCUGUUUCACUGGAACUCUCUAAAAACAGACCUGCUGAUCUAGACUUAAGUACAGAAGCAACCUUGCCAACUGCUGCCAGGUCUGAAAACCUGGUAGAGUCAGAAGAGCCUCAGUAUCCCUACCAGGCUAAUCAAGAAAGGAACAUUGAGAAAAGGACUUCAUUAGGUACUGCUCUGGUGACUCUGUGCCCAGUUGGAGAAAAAUCACCAGAUCCAGUCAGUGAAAAGUCUGAAUUUCUGCCAUCAAAUGAUUCAAAUGGUUCUAAUUUAGGUCUAAAUGAAUCAGAGACAAAUAAUGUUUCAUCUGAAACAGUAACAUACAAGACAGAGGUUGCCAAUACAAAUUCAUCUGUUCUUGAUGCUCCCAUGAAUCUCAGUAAAGGUACAAGUGAAAAUUCACACAGAGUCUCUGAGAAAAUACCAAAUGCAGAGAGUCUAGCACCUAAAGGUGAUUAUCUCUCUGAAGCUGACAAUGAUUCAGAAACUAAGACCUCUGCUAUUCACACUGCUUCACAUUUUCAAGGAGAGGUUCUUGAUGCCAAAGAAAAACAAGAUAAUGGUAGUGACAAGGCUGAAGAAUUUAUACAUGUGGCAGAAAAUUCACCAUCAGACAGUUGUAAAGUAAAUAACACCAGUGACUUGGUAGAAUAUUCUCCAGCUCCAUCACUUUAUUCUUCUUUAGAAAAUUCACCAAUAUCAGUGUGUAAUAGUCCCCCUAGCCCAUCUUCUGAUGAAGACAUGAAUACCUCAGAAGAUUCACUUCCAUUCACUUUCAGACCUGGAAGAAAUUAUGAUUCAAAUGAAGCAGAUUUAAAAAAAAUUAGUACUGAACCUCAGGAAACAGAUACCACCCCAGGUAUGGAACAAGAUAUCAAUAAGGUCAACAGAAAAGGUCUGAAAAGAGCAAGAAGUCCAUCACCAGUGGCUCUGAACAGAGACAUAUCUUCCGCGGCCACAGAUUCACAUAACAGCAGUGACGAAAGCGAAGACCAAGCACUGAAUUGCCAAAAGCGGCUAAAGAUCUCAUCUUCAGGGGGCAGGUUAGUGAUGAACAAACAAGCCUGCAAGCUCUUUGCUGCCCAGGAUUCCAAGAAGCAAGUGCUGAAGAGACAGAAGAGCGUAAGGGGCAUGCUCAUAGAACUGUACGAAAGUUCUGGACACAGAGGAAUAUUUACGCCGAAACUUUACCACCAGAAGAGGAGACUCCGAACGAUCACAACAAGGUCUUUGGUUAAAAAGCUGAAGAGAAGAACCCCCAACCAUGACCUGAAAUAUAUAUCUCAGAAAAGGAUGGAUCUCAUCAAGGCUGUGGAGGAAGGCAACAUGCCCAAGAUACAAGAAUUGAUCCAAGACAUGGGCCCUGCUGUGCGAGAAGAGAAGACAGGCUCAACGCUGCUGCAUGUUGCCGUUGCUCACAACCAGGUUGACGCAGUGCUGUUCUUGCUGCGGCUGAUCAGCCCAAAUGUAGUGAACAGUGAAGGUGAGACGCCUGCACACCUCGCUGCUUUCAUGGGACAUACUCAGAUCCUGCGGAUACUUCUGACUGACGAGGAACUUUGCUACGAGAAGAAGAAUCGUCAGGGGAGAACCUACACAAACUUGCUCUCUGCUCCGUUAUGCGACGCCGUCUUGGGAAAGGACAGGAACAAGGCGCAAGAGUUGCUGAGACUUGGCGCUGAUCCAGACUAUGAUGUGGGCGAUGUAGUCAAAGGCCAGCUGCCUUCUGACGUGACGGUGUCCACUCCACGGCAGCUGGCCACUGAUUUAGGUCUCCAAGACAUUUUGCACAUCUUCCCAAAGAAGAAAAGCGACAUUACAAAGAAAGUGAGAGAUCCCGAUGUUGUCUUCACCUCCAACUCAGUCAUUUCAAAGAGUGACGAGGGCAAACACUACCCUGACCCUGUUGAAAUUGAAGUGACCUCUGCACAAGAAGCUCCAGAAGGCGACGUGUACCAAGUGAACACGGAACCUCGAGGCUUCGUGUGCAUCCUAGACUACAACACCUUCAGAGACCGGCAGGACCUCGAUCUAGAAGGAUCCAUGCAGGAUGUCUCCAACUUGGCAAGCAUCUUUAGCAAGAUGGGGUACACAGGAGAAGUCUACUCCUCUCCUACUACUGACGAGACCACCGAAAUCCUCCAGAAUGUCAGAGAAAAGGAUGUCCUGAAGGAGGUUGGGUGUCUUAUAGUCGUAGUCAACAGCCAUGGCGUUGGAGAGGACAGGUUCCUGACAUCAGAUCUCAAGUCCUUGGACAUCGGCAGGACCUGCGGUCUCUUCAAAGACUCCGAUUGUCCUCAUAUGGUCAACAAACCAAAGAUAUUCCUAUUUAAUACAGGCAGUGGACUGUACAGGGAGAGUAAGAAGGCUAGGUAUAGCAAGCCCCAGACCACGAGGGUGAGUGAACCGCUGAAGGACGCUUUGUGCCUGUUUUCAAGCCACAGCGGCUUCGCCUCUUGGGCAUACUCGGAUAAAGGUACCCCAUUUUACCUGGCUUUCUGCAAUACUCUGGCUAAACACGCCCAUUCUAUGGAAAUCAGUGAUUUAUUCAGGGAAUUGUUGAAAGAGUAUGGCAAGAGCUCUCCUGCGACAGUGCCUGAGCUUAGGAAUAUUGGAUUUUCUAAGAAAUUCUUCUUCAAUCCAAUGCCGUAAGGAAGUCUGGUCAUACGGUGAACCCUUAGAAAUACAAUAUGUAGCCUGAAGUUUUCCUAUGACAGGACAUUCUAUUGGAAAGUAAAUGGACCAGAAUGUACAAAUUGGUGGUUAAAACUGAAGGAUAAUUGGGAAAUAACCCUGACUGUAAAAUAUGUAAAGGAGCUUGAAAUUUCCGCUGGUUAGAGGACUAUUUUGCUUGGUGGGACAAGUUUUCUGAUAUAUUGCCGGGUAUUAUAUGCUUUGCUUCAUAAACUGUGAAGGUGGAUGUUUUCAUUAUGUAGUGAAGUUGAUUAACUGAUUAAAUUAGGGCUUCUAGACACUAACUUUCCUUAAGUCACUAUUAUUUUCAAGUGAGUUGUAUCUUCCGUAAUGCACGUCCUUCCGUAUAUUUACCAAUAGUACUAGAAUGUUCGCUCUUAAGAUUACAAAGUUUGAGAUGGAAGUUUAGAAACUGAAUGAAAUUCCAUGACAAAGGUUUACCAGUUGUGAAACGAAUAGGCCUUUAUAUCCUUCAUAUACAGUGUUUAGAGUUAUAUCCCCUAUUUUGGACGUGUUUCAACGAAUGAAGUUAUUGAUUUUGAACUGGUGCUUACAGUAAGCUUUAAUGUUUUUUUUUUUUCAUAAGUUGUACAUUUUUAUAUACCUAGUUAAUGUUGAAGUGUGAAAAUUUUCUUUUGGGACCCAUUUGUAUCAUACUAAAAUAUUCUGGUCCAAUUUUAUAUGCCUCUGUGAGUCUUCUAUUCGUUUCGAAUUUUUCUAACAUAAUUUACUUUUAUGAAUCUCGAAGUAUUAUAUGCUUAUUGUGGUAAAUGCUAAAUACAGUAUGCAUGUGACCUAAUUGUGUUCGCUUACAUUUAUAAAUAUAGAGUAUUUAUUAAAAAAAAUUGCUUGUUGUAUAUAGAGUAAUAUUUUAUGUAUUAAAGUCUGCUGUAUAUAUUUCAUGUAUAUAUGCAAAUUAUUUAAUACAAUUUCUCAUUUAUAGCUUUGUAAAUAAAAAAGUGUUUUGUCUUAGAUGUAUCAGAUCGUAAAUAGACACUUAGUUACCAAAGCAAAUUAAUGAAUAGUAUUAUAGCCUUUUUUUAAAUUGUGCGUUUUUCUAAGCUUAUAGGCAACUUACCUUUAUUAGAAAGUAUGAAUACAAUAUUUGUUGCGUAACUCAAAUGUCAUAUUGCUUUCCGCUCUCACGAAAAUGGUUUCCUUUUCGAACUUUUAUAUAACUUGAAAAUAAAGUAUUCAAACAUG